GAUGUCGAAACAUGUCUAUUUUCGAUAAACUAAAUCUUAUAGUGGAAGCACUGAAUUUGAGAUAGCCGCUUAGCCACUUGUAGGUACAAAGUUCAUGACAAACUUUUACUUUUUUCUGCCCAUUUCGCUACUUGGGCAAGGCGGAUAAUGCUUCGCAUUGACUGAUUGAUCUUCAAGAAGAAAUUGCGCUUUCAGAAAACAAGCUAUGCCAUCUGCUAGGCCCAAUUUUAACAAUUCCAGACGUUUUUAGAAGUAUCGUUUCUUCGGCAAUUAAGCCAAAAUCAGUUUCUUCCCAUUUUCAGUUGAUCCGCAUGAACAAACUGUAACAAGAUAUUUGCAUAAAAGUGGAAACGUUAAUUCAUUAUAUAAACGUUGGAAAGAAAAUGGAUGCAAAAGAAAUAUCGUUAAAAUUUCCCGCUGAAGGUAUUGAACGUGUUAAACGCAACCGAAUUUUAUACAUUUCAGCCGAGAGCAGACUCAAAGGAUCACAGUUUAAGCCUAAGGCAUCAGAUGUAUUCAUUGUUACUUAUCCAAAAUGUGGCACCACGUGGAUGCAACAAAUUGUGCAUCAGCUGAAAACAGGAGGAGAUAUGAGUUUCGAUGAAAUUACAGAUGUGGUGCCGUGUAUUGAAUUGGCCUAUGAUUUACAAUUUGACCUUGAUCGUGAACAGAAAUACCCCCGAUCCUAUAAAACACAUAUGCAAUACGAUAAAUGCCCUAAAGGUUCCAGGUACAUCGUGAUUUAUCGAGAGCCACGUUGUGCUUUAUACAGCUUUUACAGCUUCUAUCAAGGAUGGCUGAUUCAACCUCCUGGUGACAUUACAGUCGAGGAUUUUAUUUAUGAAAUAUGUUUUCCAGCUAAUUCUACGGCAAAUUACUUCGAGCAUUUCUUGACUUGGUGGAAGCAUCGAAAUGAUGAAAACGUCUUGUUUCUGUUUUAUGAAGAAAUGAAGGAAGAUUUGGAGAAAACAGUUCGUGCAGUAGCCAAAUUCAUGGGAACGUAUGACGAAAAGAAUAUCAAAACAGCAGUCAAAAUGAGCACGUUUGAGUUCAUGAAGGAAAAUUCUGCAAAGUUCAAUGGAAACAUCGUACGCUAUCAUCGCAACCCGUCUUUACUCAAAUUACUUAAUGGUAUAAAAGCAUCGGAUAAAGUCGUAACAGGAUCAACUACAAAAGCUUUGGAAAUCCUCCCGAGUCAACUGCAAGAUGAUAUUUGCAAAAAAUGGAAAGAAUUGAUUGGAAAGGUUUCAGGAUAUGAUAACUACGAUGAUCUCAGGAUUGAUUUCAGAAAAAAUAAUCCCUUGAUAAUCGAUUGAAAAAUAAUCGAUUGAACUGAUUUGAACUUUUUCUUCUUUGUUCGUUCGUUAAGCUAAAAGAACAUUUGAUUUAAGAUGGUUAUACAUUGAUGGAUACAUUGACGUUAAUCGAACGUUAUUUGAGGGAACCAUAAUCAUAUAUAUUCUUCUAGCGUGGCAAAUUUCUUUUGAAAACGACGUCACUUGCGAAAGAAAUCAGCCAGGCAUAACAGCAAAUGUAUAUGCUCCUCUCAUUGAACGUUGAGUUGACGCCAGUGAUCAGUUAUGUUGAUUAAAAUGUAUUACUCAUCCACAGUUUUAAAAAAUAUAAAAUGAAACAUCCUC